AGCUUGCAGUCUUGCAGUGCACAGGCACUUCUUUCCAGAAGGCAGAGAGCAAUGCUCAGUCUAGUGACAGGCGAGCCAGCAGACCGACAAGAAGUCAGGACAUAUUCUCAUAGCACUAACAGACGGUAACACCACCAGUGGGUCUUCUGAAGCCCACUUUCACUCUCCUGGGUGUGAUUGCUCCUGAAUGCACAUUCAACCUCCUCCUGGAUGUGAAGAAGUGCAGAUGCACUCAACCACAGGCUCACUUUUCAACCCUGCGUCUGUCUCAACCCUCCCACCAAAGCUGUACCCACGGGAAGAGGAUACACAUGUUUUAUUGACGGAGCUACAGGUGGUUUGAGUUUGAGCUUGUUGGUGGACUGGAGGGUUUUUUUCCUCUGUGGUGAGCUGUGGCGUCUUUGGAGCCAGUAUGUUGCCUAUUGUUGUGGCAUGUUUGGUAUUAGUCCUGCUGGGCUCAGGGCAGGCUCAGGUUGCCACACAGACUCAGGAGCAGAGUCAGAGUCGGGGCCAGGGCCAGGGCCAGGGCCAGGACGGCUCUGCCGCUCCUUGGAGGCAGGUGAUUCAGUGGGAGAACAAUGGCCGGCUGUUUAGCCUGUUGAACAGUGGAGCCGAAUACGUCCCUGCCGGCGCAGGGUCCCAGGACAGAGGUCCCAGGGUGGUUUUAUCAGACACUCGUCCACGCUCUUCACAUAGACCUCAGGGAGGCAAUGUCCGCCGACAGGCUCCGCCGAGAGGAUCCUCCGAGACUGUCCGUGGGCAGGCAAGGCAUCCUUUUGGCUUUGGGCAAGUGCCUGAUAACUGGAGACAAACUUCUGGAAGCACAGGGGGUAGCCAGUUCCAAGGAUCCUCUAGCACUCGCUUCAGGCCAUCCACAGGCUCUUCAUCAUCAUCAUCAUCGUCGUCAUCCUUUUCUUCAUCUUCUUAUAAUAUACCAUCCUACCCACAGAACCCAUUUCCUCAACAGCCUCCCUUCCAACCAGGACCUUAUGACUCUAGCUUUAUAGAAGGGCCAGCCAGGAGCUACGAGCCGCCUUUUCAGCCUGUUCCUGGUGGAGGAUACGGCGGAGGAGGAUUUGGCGGAGGAGUAUAUGGUGGUGGAGUAUAUGGUGGUGGUGGUGGAGGCUAUGGUGGUGGACAAGGGUAUGCUGGAGGAGCGUAUGGAGGUGUGGCCCCAGUGGCCCCAGUGCUCCCAGGUUCUCCCUCUGAUUUUACUGACGAGAGCUACCGUUACUACCAGUCUUAUGGCUACGCGCCCAAUCCUGCGGUGCCUGCACGUGCUGCCCCUGCCCAACCAGCGCGUACAGAUGGUCUGGACCACAGAUACACCCAUAGUAUCUUCAACGGGGGGUCUGGUCCUGCUGUCCCUGCUGUCCCUGUCCCCGAUGCCAACCAGGCAGCUCCCGUGAUAGUGGACAGGACAGGAGCAGCUGGUCAACCCCAAGUCGGGAGCCCUCAGUAUGAGCAGUUUCCUCCAUACGGAAGACCCCAGCCCCCUUUCCAGCAGCCCGUUCCUCCAGGCAGAAAUUCUCCAAACUCUGGCCUCGAGAACCCCAGCGUUAAUGUCGGGAGUGUAUACCGACCAGAACAGAGAGGUUUGCCAGACCUGGUUCCUGAUCCCAACUAUGUCCAGGCUUCCACAUAUAUCCAGAGAGCCCACAUGUAUUCUCUCCGCUGUGCCGCUGAGGAAAAAUGUCUAUCAAGCUCCGCCUAUGGCCCCGAGACCACCGACUAUGAUGUAAGGGUUCUACUGCGAUUCCCACAGAGGGUGAAGAACAAGGGGACCGCCGACUUCAUGCCGAACAGGCCACGUCAUACCUGGGAGUGGCAUAGCUGUCAUCAGCACUACCACAGUAUGGAUGAGUUCAGCCACUAUGAUUUACUGGAGGUCAGUACCGGCCGUAAAGUGGCGGAGGGACACAAGGCGAGCUUCUGUCUGGAAGACACCACCUGUGACUUUGGUCACCUGAAGCGCUACGCCUGCACCACUCACACUCAGGGUCUGAGCCCGGGCUGCUACGAUACAUACAAUGCUGAUAUUGACUGCCAGUGGAUCGAUAUCACAGACAUCCAGCCUGGAAACUACAUACUAAAGCUCACGGUUAAUCCCAAAUUCUUGGUGCUGGAAUCAGACUUCACCAACAACGUGGUCAGGUGUAAUAUACACUACACAGGACGGUUUGUUACAACAACCAACUGCAAGAUAGCACAGUCUUGAUCAGGCACUGGAAGUCUGCCACACUAGAGUGACCCUGAUUGCUAUUCCAUUGAAAUGUGAAUGGAAUCCAUUUGUUGUUGGUUCAUUGUUGAUGUUGUUUGUCUCUACUCUUUUGUGCUGUCUCGGUAUCCUGAGCCCAGGGCAAACAAGGCUUCUAGUGGCACUGAAAAGAAUGUGGGGGUUUAAAGUAGACGCACACACACCUUUGCAUAAUGCAUAUAUUGCACGUUGAUAUCCCAGUAAUGAAUCAACAGUUCACAUCCCUGCGAUCAUACGUUAUAAUAUUGUCCUACACAUUUCUCAUAUUGCAGUCUGGUUUGGUUAAUGCUGGGACACAUCAUUGACUUUCAAAAGAGCUGUUUACUGUAUCUGCACACAAACAUCUUUGCACACCCCCGGCAGAGUGGCUCCGUUUGAAUUAUAAAUAUAGCGUGAAACGUUGCCGGUUGCUGAAAUGAGCGGUUCCAGACAAGUCAGGGUUCAGCUGCGAUCCAACAAAUAAAAUUAGGGGACAAAGUCUUCCCGGCUGCAUUCAUCCAUGCUGUGUGGGGACAGACAGAGAUGCCCAGUGACUCAGAAGAACUAUAAUGUGUUAGUUUUUCUCUCUUCACUGCCUCAGUGGGUCAGGCUGGGAUACUGUGACUCUCUGGGAACAUCCUGUUUAAUGUUGUGUUAACAGCAAGAGGAAGACAGCAGGUCAUAUUUGCAUUUGUCAACUCCAUCAAAUUAUAAGUCAACAUAAAAACAGACUGUCAGUACUGGGCGCUGCACUCCUCUAAAUCCUUGCAUAAUUGUGUCGUGUCCCCAUUCGUCCUCUCUUAUUUCAGUAAAAACAGGAAGCUCAAAUGGCAGAAAAGGGUGUUUUCCAGAAAACAAGACUCACAGUAUGUAAGCUGUAUAUUUACACUGUCUUGGGGUCUCUUCUUCUACUACCAACACUGGUCAGAUGGCACAUAGGUCAUCUACACCUUUUGAAGAAUGUGUAUACAAAUAUUCCACUGAUGCAUGACUUUAAUGAUGGAGAUUGUUUUAACUGAUUGUACUUUGUUUAUCCAGUUUGACCUGAUACUGUAAUUUGUGAAAUUCAAUGAACUUAUAUAUAUGUUUUUUCUUGAUAAUCUGAAUUAUUCAAAAUAGUUGUUGAAAAAAACACUACUGCUACAGACUAAGUAUUAUAAUGCAGAGCGUAAGAAAGCCGUCUCCACCUACCUCUCCAACUGAGUCAGCUGUUGUUUCCUGUUAAGUGUUUGGUUUCCAUUGGAAAUCCCUGCAGUGGUUCACUGUAGCCUCCUACCACUGUGUUGCAGCACACAGCUAAAACCCACAAAUCUGUUGAAUAUAUCAAAAAUCAUCUGGGAUGAAAACAAUGAUUUAGUAAUUAAGGAAAAAGACUUAAAAUUAGAAUCCUUAAGAUUGGUUGGUUUGGCGACACCUGUGGUUACUGAUGGUAACAGCAAGUGCGGUUUAAUACUAAAUCAAAUCAGUGGGCAUCUCCGGGGUCUGUAAAGUGAAGCCAAUGCGGAAGUGCCUUAAAAUUGCAUUCUUUCUAAUAGCCAGCAGGGGGCGACUCCUUUGGUUGCAAAAAGAUGUCUGAUUGUAUAUCUUCAAUACAGCAUGA